GCAGUCCUUGCGCUCGGUCUCUAACUUAGACACGAGUGUGCCGCGCACUGUGCGCCAAUUCAGACCCGGUCUGCGGGGUUGGUUUCUGAAUGCAGAGACUUGAAACCAGGCGGUAAGGUCCCCUUUCACCCUGAAGAGAUGACAGCCCACCGAGAGUCAACUUCUGUUUACAUGGAACUCAGAAGUCUCCUGCGAACCCUGAUUUCAAAGCCAGAGAAUGGCAGGUGAACAGAAACCCUCAAGUAACCUUCUGGAGCAGUUUAUUUUAUUAGCCAAAGGUACCAGUGGCUCAGCCCUCACCACUCUCAUAGGCCAGGUGCUGGAGGCUCCCGGAGUAUAUGUGUUUGGAGAAUUGCUGGAGCUGGCCAAUGUUCAGGAGCUUGCAGAAGGAGCUAAUGCUGCAUAUUUACAGUUGCUGAACCUGUUUGCCUAUGGAACAUACCCAGAUUACAUAGCCAACAAGGAGAGCCUGCCAGAACUGAGCACAGCUCAGCAGAACAAGCUGAGACAUCUUACCAUCGUGAGUUUGGCAUCAAGAAUGAAGUGUAUCCCCUACUCUGUGCUGCUGAAGGACCUGGAGAUGAGGAAUCUUCGGGAACUAGAAGACCUUAUAAUCGAGGCUGUCUACACUGACAUCAUCCAGGGCAAGCUGGAUCAGCGAAACCAGCUGCUGGAAGUAGAUUUCUGCAUUGGCCGUGAUAUCCGAAAGAAAGAUAUCAGCAAUAUUGUCAAGACCUUGCAUGAAUGGUGUGAUGGCUGUGAAGCGGUUCUGCUGGGCAUUGAGCAGCAAGUUCUGAGAGCCAACCAGUACAAAGAGAACCACCACCGGACUCAGCAGCAGGUGGAGGCAGAGGUUACCAAUAUCAAGAAGACACUCAAAGCUACUGCAUCUUCCUCCGCUCAGGAAAUGGAACAGCAGCUGGCUGAACGGGAGUGUCCCCCUCAUACUGAGCAGAGGCAACCCGCCAAGAAGAUGUCCAAAGUGAAAGGUCUGGUUUCCAGCCGCCACUAGGGCCGGCUGGGGCAGCUGGCACUCACCAGGCCUGGGUCAGGUUGGGAGGGGACACCAAGGGCCUAUUUCUUCUCCUCUCUACCUGCAGUGAGUUCCAGACCUGCCCAUCCCUUCACUAGUACCUCCCCGCCCAUUGGUACCAUCGCAGAAAAGUGAUCGCUCCUUCCCUGCCUCCUUCCCUAGUUGUUCCCUUCAGACUCAGGGGCUCCACGGACACCAUCUUAAUAAGGUCCAACAGUGCCCAGCUUCCCUCUAGGAGGUCCUUGUCUCUGUGUACGGACUUGUCUCCCUCCCAGUUAUUUUUUUGCUCCAUGUCAUCUUGUCAGGCUGGUCCUAAGCUGGAGGCAGUUUAACCAGCCCCCAGGGAUGACUGUGGAGGAGAAUCCUGUCUGAGCAAGGAGGGGCCCUUGCUUCUUCACUCCCAUGUACCACAGUACCCACAAUGGUGCAGGCGUCUCUAGCCAGGUAGCUACAUGCUUCGUUUCCCUUCUCCUGCCUUACCCUUGUUGGCAGCGCUAGUUUAGGCCAUGGAGGGAUAUGAUGCUGGGCUAUGUUUACUAAACCUUCGGGUUUUCAGCCUCUUAAGCCCAGCUCGGAUCUCUCAUCAAGUUGAGAGCGCUGGGUUGACAAACCUCUGGUGUCUGAGUACAAGUGGAGGGUGCUUGGGGUCUGUGGGUGGCAGAAGUUGUUUCUCCCAGCUUGGUGCCCUCUACUGGCCACUUUUCCUGCUGUCUCUGACUGCACAGCCAUAUUUUGGCAUCUAGACCCAGCUGCCCACUGGGGUUGUCUGCCAACAUUUGCUCUCCUGAGAUCUUUAUGACUCCUGGCUGCCCCUGCAGUGGGAAUGGUGGUGCCGAGGCCCCUCAGUCUGGUGAAGGAUCAUUGCUGCUUCUGUCUCUUCUUCCCACCGCUCCUUGGCUGGUCACCCAGAGCCCUCUGAUGAUACCAUACUCCUGGCCAGAGAAAAGGACUUGACUAGACUUUCUGAACUUGAACAGUUUCAGGUUAUAUCUUAAUUUUUUUUUGUACAGGUUGAUUCUAAUACAUUUCAACAUGCUUUUUUCUC